AUGGCCAGUAUGCGCAACUGGCUGAACGGCAAACACAAAGGAAAGCGAGUUGUCGUUGUGCAUUGCAAGGCUGGGAAAGGGAGAAGUGGCACCGCCGCUUGUAGCUAUUUGAUCAGCGAACAAGGCUGGAAGGCUGAAGAUGCGCUGAGACAAUUUACUGAGCGACGGAUGAGAGUUGGGUUUGGUCCCGGUGUCAGCAUACCAAGCCAGCUCCGAUAUGUUGGCUACGUCGAUCGUUGGGCGAAUCAGUAUCAUAAAAAGUACAUUGAGCGCCCGGUGGAAAUCGUCGAGAUCCACAUUUGGGGCCUACGGCAUGGGUUGAAGGUGCAAGUGGAAGGCUUUGUGAACGAGGGGCGAAAGAUCAAGUGUUUUCACCGAUUUCAUCGCAGCGAACGCACUAUCAUGGACACCGAAUCACAGGGAAAGGAGGAUAAGUCCAAAUUGAACGGAACUGCUCUUUUGACCAAAGAUGAAAAGGAUGAAUCUAUUUCUGACCCUCCAGUGGCGGCAGCAAAUACUGUGCCUUUCCAAGCCAUCACGACGCCAGAACCGAUCUCCAAGACGGCUGAGAAUGUCACCUUCUUCUCCAAAACAUCUCCUCCCAGUGCAGCGUUCUCCUCUGUGGUUCUUCGCCCCCAUAAACCACUUAUCAUCCCCACUUCAGACAUUAAUAUAGAUUUCGAGAGACGAGCCACAGCGGCAUACACGGGUUGGACGAUGGUUACAUCCGUAGCUCACGUUUGGUUCAACGCUUAUUUCGAAGGUGGAUACGAGCACGAUUCGUCCGUAUUUGAACAAGACUGGGAAGGCCUAGAUGGAAUUAAGGGAACUUAUAGUAAAGGUACCAGAGCCUUUGAUAAGCUCAAGGUCGUUUGGAGAUAUGUGCCAUCUGCCCCUGGCGAAGAACGUGAAAACAUCCCCGGCGGUGCACCGCUUGCUGGCAAGAUCAUUGAGGAGCCAGGUCCCGGCGAAGCAGUCCCCGAGGGACAAGCCGCCAAUUGGCGUGGGGAGGAUGCGAUUGAAGAAAAUAAAAAGGAGCCUGGUGGGCAGGCUUCGUCAGAGUCAGAAGGGGACCUUGCUUCUCAGAAUUCUAGUAGAGAGGAAUAUCCCCCUGCACAGCGAGCACGCAGCGAGCAGCCGCAGUCCCUGAUUAAGCGUGAUGCUUCAUUGCUAUCGAAACGAGGACCACUAUCCGCGGCCGCAAAGAAGUUAGGUCUUCGUCGGCAGAGCUCUGCGACAGCUGGAGUCAGCUUGGUGAAUGCCCGGGGGAAUAUUGGAUCCGGCAAUAGUGGGAACCAGAAGCAAAAGAAAGCAACGUAUCAUGAAGAGCGGGCAGAAGAUAUGUAG